CCUUAACUUACUAGCAAUUGUCAUGACUAUAUGGUUUGUACAAGUCCUUGUAGAUCAAUUACUGACUCUACUUAGUGUAGAUGAUGCUAGUCUUAAAGUUUUAUUAUGUACACUAUUAUCAUUUCCAUUUAGUUUUAUAUUUAAGAGAUUACCAGAUCAUAAUUAUUCAUUAAAAAAUUGGUAUAAUAUCGGAGUAUCAUUAUUUUAUAUAUUUGGAAUUUUAGGAGUUGUAGAUGGACUUUGGACAAUUAUAAUUUCAAGUUUAGGAUGUUAUUUUAUUACAAGAUAUGUUAGAACUUCUUCAAUGCCAUGGAUAAAUUUUAUUUAUUUAAUGUCAUUAUUAGCUUAUACCCAUUUUUCUCAUCAAUUCUUUAAUGAUUAUGAUAGAACAAAAAUUGAUUUAUCAGGAGCUCAAAUGGUUUUAGUAAUAAAACUUACAUCAUUUGGUUGGAAUAUUUAUGAUGGAACUAGACCUGAACAAGAAUUAACAAAAUAUACAAAAACAAGAGCAAUUAAAAAACAUCCAAAUAUUUUACCUUAUAUUGGUUAUACAUUUUUUUAUGCAUCUUUAUUAACUGGUCCGGCGUUUGAUUAUGCUGAUUACGAUAGAUUUCUUCAUUCAAGUUUAUUUGAUGAUGUUCCUGAACAAUAUAGACCAGGCAAGAAAAAAAGGAAAAUUCCAAGAAGUGGUAAACAAUCAUUAUCAAAAACAGUUCAAGGAUUUAUUUGUAUAAUUUUACUUGUAAAUGCUCCUCGAUUCUUUGUUAAUGAAUAUAUUUUAACGACGGAAUUUAUGAGUCAUAAUUUUGUUUAUAGAAUCUUUUAUCUUUGGUUAUUAAGUUUUACUCAAAGAUUAAGAUAUUAUUCAAUUUGGUUAAUUGCUGAAGGAGCAUGUAUUUUAUGUGGAAUUGGUUAUAAUGGUUAUGAUUCAGUAACAAAUCAAAUUAAAUGGGAUCGUGUACAAAAUAUUGAUCCAUAUACAUUUGAAACUGGUCAAAAUAUUCAUAUAUGUUUAGAAGCUUGGAAUAUGAAUACAAAUAAAUGGUUAAAGAAUUAUGUAUAUUUAAGAGUAGCAAGAAAAGGUAGAAAACCAGGAUUUAAAAGUACAUUAUUUACAUUUGUAACAAGUGCAUUUUGGCAUGGUACAAGACCUGGUUAUUAUAUGACAUUUGUAUUAGGAGCUAUUUUACAAACAGUUGGUCGUAUAUUCAGACGUCAUUUAAGACCAAUCUUUUUACAAGCUGAUGGUAAAUCUGCUAAACCUUCUAAAAAAUAUUAUGAUAUAGUAUGUUAUAUUAUUACUCAAUUAUCAAUUGGAUACCUUGCUCAACCAUUUGUAUUUUUGGAUUUUCCUAGAUCAGUUAAAGCAUGGACUACAUGUUAUUUCUAUCUUCCAAUUAUUUCAAUUCUUGUGAUUUUUGCCUUUGAUGGUCCUUAUAAGAAACAAGUUAUUGGAUAUUUCAAAUCUUUACAAGAUGUUGAAAAAUAUAAACAUAAACUUGCUCCAGAAGAAGCUAAAUUAGUUAAUAAUGCUGUUGAAUCCUUAUUAGAAAAGGAAUCUUAUGAUAAUAUACCUACACUUGGAUUACCACCUAUUGAUUAUUUACAAACAGUGGAUAAACAUGAAGUAGAUCAAGAUAUUACUGAAUUUAAACAAGCAUGGACUUCUUUUAGACGUCGUAGAGGAUCAAUUAAAGAAGAUGAUUUUGAAGGGUUACGUGAUGCUUAUAAUAAUUUUACUAACGAGAUGAAUACUAUAUUAAAUUCUCGUAAGGAAGAAUUUCUUAAUUCUCAACCUAAUAAAAAAUCGGAUUAGUGUUAGUAUUUAUUUAUAUAAAAGUGUAAGUGUGAUUGUUAGUGU